AUGAUUGUAAUCCGUUCUCGACUUUUAUUUUAUCAACUUAAAUAUUAUGACGAAUUUAUGGGAUUUAUCAUUUAUCAUUGGCUAGAUUACAUUGGAAAACCUGAUCUUUGUGAUAAUUUGAGGAACAUUCCCAUUCAAAAAAAACUGAAGAUAUUUAAUCGAAGUAAUAAAAUGACAAAUAAACUGCAUUCGUUUUCAUGCGAUUUCUUUGGAAUUGAUUAA